AGAAGAAGAAGAAGAAGCAGCUGCAGCACACGGGAGCGUCGAAGAAGAAGACGAGCCGAAGCCGUGUCAUGUAAUCACAUCACGACCAAGGUUACACCGAAGACACUGGACACAACUAUGAGCGACAUUUGACUGAAACCGGAGUGUCAUCUUCACUCGAAGGUAAAAUCACACUCCAAGGGGUCAAACGACGUCCGGUCCUCUCUGGUAUCGACCCAGGUCGCGAUGAGCGUCCCGUGCUUCCUGUCUUCUGCUGCCCGAAGCUUCGGCCUGCCGUGUCCCGUCGCUGGACUGCUCUGCUCCCGGCUGUUGGUCCCCAGCCCCAUCACGAGAAGAAAUAUGUCCUCCAAAAGACAAAUGGACCACCUGGAGAGGACGGCGAGCAACUCCAGGCAAAAUGCUGUGUAUCCAGCGCAAGUAUGUGGAAUGAUAAAUGAGUCGGAGACGGUAAAACGUUUGAGGAUAGCCGUCCAUCCAGACUUCAGCUUCAAAGCAGGACAGUGGGUGGAUCUCUUCAUCCCUGGCGUGGAAAAGGUGGGAGGAUUCUCUAUGUGCUCCAGCCCGGGUUUGCUGCAGCAGGAAGGCGUCAUCGAACUGGCUGUAAAAUACACCAAACACCCCCCGGCACACUGGAUCCACACCACAUGUGCAGUGGGCUCCCGGGUGGCCAUGCGCGUUGGCGGGGACUUCUUCUUCGACCCGUCCCCCUCUGACCCCUCUGUAGAUUUGCUGCUCGUGGCGGGUGGCGUUGGGAUCAACCCCCUCUAUUCCAUUCUGUUGCACACCAGAGAUCUCCUGCAGCUCAACCGCACCUCGGGCGGUCGGGACUACAACAUCGGCUCUGCCCACCUGUGCUACAGCGCUAAGAACACCCACGAGCUGCUCUUCAAGAGCUCCAUCAUUGAGGCGUGUCGGGAGUUCCCUGACAAUUUCUCCUGUGACUUCCAUGUCACGCAACAGAGCACAGAUGUCGACCUACACCUCCAGCCAUUUAUCAACCGUGGGAGGAUCACGGAGGAGGAGUUGCGGGCUCACGUGGACCCACAGAGGACUUUGUGUUACCUGUGCGGGCCACCGCCCAUGAUCGAAGCGAUUUCAAAAACCCUCAUGGACUUCGGCCUCCCGAAGGACAGGAUCGUCUUCGAGAAGUGGUGGUAGAACCUCGGGACCGUUCGACAGGCAGAAAUCGACGGGGGCGUCCUCUUGGCCCUCUGCCCCUCUCGUAGUCUUCAGGGGGAGGAUAUGCAGGGUGGGGCGAGAACGGAAAGCAACGGAAAUAUUCCUGUUAUGUGGACAUUAAUAUGAGAGCUCGAGCAGCGGAUGAAAUUCCUCCUCCGAACCCUGCUGCUGCAAACCCGUGCCUGAACUGUGAGAGACCCCUGGGGCCGCCCACUCCUCACUUAUCAGCUGAAUCAGAAACAGACAACUGAGACGGGAGUUUUUAUUUCUUAUAAUCCUAACAAGAAGACCGUAAAAUAAGCCAUUUUCCUCACUGCCUUGCUGAACAAUGCAACAAAUCUACAAUUCCUGUGUCACACAUUUUGACACACAUUACAUACCUUCAUAUUCCAUAUUUCCAGACAGUGAGGUUCUGCUUAUACAGACGAAUAGGUGAUAUUUAGUUUUACCAAUUAACUUGUGCGAGGAUGUGCUUAGUUUGAGUGACUAUUUUUCAUCUAUCAAAAAUACUUCUGAUGUUGACUUGAUAUGUGUUAUACAAUGUGUAUAUAUACGAAGUGAAAUACCUCAGAGCUAUUUAUUUGCAGAACCGAAGAGGUUAGAUUAGUUUGACUGAUUUAUAAUGGUGUUACUCACAUCCAAACUUCACACCACCACUCUUGCGUAUUUUUGGAGGAAGAACCCGGACACAUCUCUCCCACACACUGACCAGUGUUGCCUGCCUGUUUUACUCAUUUACACAAUUACACACAUCUACAAUACCCGUGAACAGUUUUCUCAUCCCAGGGUGGAGCGAGUAUCCCGUGGUGCGCUGUAAUGGAACCACCAGGUGGUUGCGACGAUUCGCUCGGAUCGCUGAGCAUCCUUUCGGAGAUGGUGGCGAGCUCCUCAUUGUCAUCUCCCAGCGGGGGGAAGUGCGUCGAGACUCAUUUGGCGUCGUUUCUGCAUUCCUUCCUCACGUGAGGGAAACUGUUUCUGCCGGUAGCGAGACAUUUAAAAAGGAAAUAAAAGGAAAUUGUGUCGG